AGAAGACCUAAUUGAAGUAUUUCACCACCGUUUCAUCUUCCCUGACCUGAGUCUCUGGGCGAAUGGAGGGGUUGAAGGUCGCAAAAGCCAACUUAAAAGUAUACAUUCAUCCUUCCAAAAGCAAUCAAGUCUCCCGAGCCGUUCUCCGCGAACUCAGCUCCUUGCUUUUCACGUACAACGAGAUCUUCGACGGCGUCGUUUUGGCCUACGAUGUCAACUCGCUCGACCCCUGCGCCAAGAUCCUCCCCGGCAUCAACCCUUACAUCGGCGUCAAACUCAAGGUUAACCUGUUGCUCUUUUCUCCCAAGCCGGACACGCUCUUAGAAGGGAAGGUGGUUAAGCUUACGCAGGAGUCCAUUCACCUUGUUGUGCUUGGCUUCUCAUCCGCGAUUAUAGCCGAGAAAGACAUCAGGGAAGAGUUCCUGUGCAAAACGAAACGAGGGCAAGAGGUGUACGCGAGCAGGACUAACAAGCGGCAUGUGAUAAAGGUCGGAACCGUGAUACGGUUUUUAGUCAAGAGCUUUGACGAAGAAAUACUUCAUGUUUAUGGAUCUCUGAUUCCCGAACACACAGGCAGCAUUUAUUGGUUGGAUAAGAACUUGGAAGUUGUUUCCCAUAAUGACAGGAGUGAAAAGAAAAGAAAAAGUGAGGGAGAACAAAUAAUGCUACAGCAACAUGCUGUGAAUGGGGAACUGUCAUCCUUGGACAUUGUCCAAAAAAGAAAAAAUUCGAAGAAGCUAAAACACCAGGAGGAAUCUUGAGUGUAGCAUCGGAAUCUUAUUUUAUAGUGCACUUUAUCUUCACAGGAUUCUCAUUUCCUAUGGAAGGCUGCCCAUUCUCUGCAUAUAUGGAAUAGCAACCCCCUAGAAAAUCACCAAACAAGCCAGGAAAUAUAUCUGAAAUACAAAACCGAACUCUUGGGGGACUUUUGGAGUGUGGAAUAUUUUUACUUUCAUAGGAAUCUGAAGUUGGAAAUGUUAGUUUCUGACAUUUGGUUUAUUAUUUAAAAAUUAACAUUUCUAGGAAACAUGGUUUCUUGGGAAUGUUUUUUAUACAAGUAUCCUAUCAAAUUAUUCCCAUGGAUAGGUGGGAAUCUAACAUUCUCGAAUUAAAAAGAAUUUUUUACUGUGGUAAAAAUAUUACAUUGUAUUAAUUUUCUUCGAUAAUGUAGUAAAAGAAAUUGAUUCUCAAGUAAUGUUUAUAAACAUUCUCAAAAGCAUUUGUGACCAACCCAAACAGAAUUAAUCAUUCCUGGGAAUCAUUAUUCCCAAGAUUUAUGAUUCUUGGGCAUGAAAAAAUUCUUUCUACCAAACGCCUCCACAUUGCUGCAAUAGCCACUUCAUGUUUUGCAAUUAUAUAUCACAGUGCUUAAAUACUUAAAAAUAAAAUAAAAUAAAAAAGCAGAUUGAGUAAAGAUAUAUAGUCUACAAAAUCCAUCAAAAUAAUUAGAGUAUUUAAAAGAUUGAGUGUUUUCACUCGUACCCUUAUUGUAGUUUCAUUGUGUCAUUUAUAUGGAAACCAUAGAACAGGGAUUUAUACCUUUGACUUGUAAGGAAGAUAAUUUGACUCCACCUGAAAUUGCACAAAAGCUGCAGAAUUAGCUGUAUUCUUUAGUGUGCCACUUUGUAUUGACUUAAGUAGAAAUUUCACUAAAACCUGCAUAACUGUCCUAUCUAAAAACCUUUUAUGUGAAGGCUUGUUGCAUGGAUGACACAUUUCGUAUCCAUCGAAAUUGUAGUAAAGAGUGAAGGGAAGGGAAAGUAAAAAUUUAUUGAAUGUCUUAAAUAAGCAUGGAAAAUUAUCUUAAAACAGAAUUGAUACAGUAUCUUACUUCCAAGUGUUUUAGAUAAAGAGAGGACGCAAUGAUUAUAUAGUGCUAGUGUUAUAGAUAGUGUAGUAUGUUUUCUAUUUUUGUUGUCUUGAGGCCUAUAAAAGGUCGGUUGUCAUUUUAUUGGAAAUGUAAAGUAUGUUUUUCUGUAUAUGUUUGACUUAAUGUUGUAAAAUUGAAUAUCGUUUAGUUUAAUGUUCAACAUAGAGCUUAAUACCACAAUAGGAUGUUGUGUGCAGCGGUGCAGCCCUUAGCAUAAUAGCACCUCUUUAAUUGGUUCAUUGAAGAACACUGAUGUCUUGUCCCAUUCACAUUGAUCCAUUGAAACAUUUAUUGGUGGAGCCUCAUGUGCACACUAUUUUUUGUAUUAAUCUUGGCUGCAUCUGAAUCAUAGCUCGGGACGGGAAUGAGGCUUCUAGAAUUGUUACAAUUGUAUAUUUAUACAAAUUCAAUUUUUUUUUCAUACAUCUAACUGAAUUUAGAUUUCCAGCAUCUAUAAUAUUUGUGUAACAUUAUUUAGUAUGUACUUUCUGGAGAAGUCUAUAAUGGCUAAUCAGACGAAUGGCAUUGCAUAAUAGCUAAAUUUAUGGAUGCAUAAAUUGAGUUUGUCAUC